ACCAAUGUCCACCCUCUGUGUCGACGAAGCCACAGGCGUAAAGCUUGCCUAUCUCGAUAGCGGUGCCCCCGAUGCAUCCCAAAACUACACCACCAUCUUCGCUGUCCAUGGCAUGAUCUUUACCAAUCGGUUCUUCACCAAGUUUAUGGAAAACGCGGCAACAAAAGGUGUCCGCGUGGUCGCAGUCCAGCGUCGUCCUUUCCCCGGAUCUACUCCUCUCAACCCGGAAGAGCUGAACACAGUCCUCACCGGAGGUACUGAAACCGACCGUGCCACAUACGUGCAAGCCCGCGGUCAUGAACUGGCCAUCUUCAUCGAUAGAUUCAUUACCAAGUUCAGUCUUCCCGUUGAUGGAGGUUCCAUCUUGUUGGGGUGGUCGUGUUCUCCCCCUUCUAGCAGUCGCCAAUACACCGACGCUUCCCGAACAAAUCAGAAACCGACUUGGUGCACAUAUCCGUUCGUGUGUCAUCUACGAGUCAGCACCGAUCUGCUUCGGCCUCCCAAUGCCUUCUCAAAACUAUAGCCCUCUCGUGGUCGAAUCUAUUCCUCCAAACAAACGUCUACAAGCAUUUGCACAAUGGGCUACAGGCUACUUCGAUCACGACGCCAGUGGCAAUAAAUUCACGCUUCAAACACCACACGAUCCGGAUACCCUCGAAUGGGUUCUUCACUCAUCGAAAAUUCCAACUUAUUACAAUAUUCCGACAGAAGAACUUACCCAGAUGACUGUGUAUGGCGAUGAAGCUUCUACAGAUUUACCCAUGUUAUUCUUCUUUCAGAAUGAACAUAAAAAGGCGCUUACGGCUGUCCUCAAAGACCCGGACGUCGCAAGCACCUUCCCCAAUCUGAAGCGAGCAUAUAUUACCGGAGAUAAAGCACCUGCUUUUGGGAUUGCGGGGAUGUGGGCCAUACAAGAUGAACCAGGUCUCAUGGAUGCUCCCAUUCACUUUGAGCUCGUUAAGGGAGGGAAUCAUUUCGCGAUGUGGGACGAUCCCAACAUGAUUUUGAACGCGGUUUUAAGAGCAGCGACUUGAGUGCAAUCCCUAGUAACAAUCCGUUAUGUAUGAGACAAUGGCAAAAGAGCCCAUUCUUAUUUCUCUCCCGGGUUUUUGAAACGCCUCAACGCACGAUCCCUUACUUCAUGAUGGUCCACGAUGGGUCGAGGAUAACCGAGCUUGUCGGCGACAGAAGCAGGCGGUUUGUGUAAUUCUGUUUGUAUCAAUCGGUCAAUGACCCGCUUGGGCUGACGUUCGAUAGCCACUUGCCUUCUCCUCGAAGUUUAGAUAAUUCGGGUACAAAAUGCCUAAUAAACUCGCCAGAGGGAUCGG